AUGGCUGCUGCGUUCAGACCAGUGAACUCGCCGCUACCAGCAGAGAUCAAGAUUGACGAUAAGAUGACGACGUCACCGACGACACCCAGGCCGAACACCGCUCCGCAUCCACAGACACCUCAACCUCAGCCCCUUCCGGACGACGCGAAGACGCCGACCAAGGCAACGUUUGGCAGCGGCAGCGGCAGCACCGGCCUGGCGUCCCAGAAGCCACUCCCCAGCUCCCCCUUUCCCCAAGCCGUUCAGGUUCCCGAAAGCGCCGAGAAGGUCAAGACCCCGACACGAGCCAACUCGCAACAUUCCAGGAGGUCGAGGGACUCUGAAGAUGUCGACAUGGAUGACUCGGAAGGCGAGGACGACGGCGGAUCUGACGACGACAGCCUGAAUGCCGACGGCACCAGAUCGAACAAGAAGAAGAAGUCGCAGCGCUUCUACUGUACCGACUACCCGCCGUGCAACUUGAGCUUCACCAGGAGCGAGCACUUGGCCAGGCACAUUCGGAAACACACCGGCGAGAGACCCUUCCAGUGCCACUGCUCCCGUCGCUUCUCCCGUCUCGAUAACCUGCGACAGCACGCACAGACGGUGCACGUCAACGAGGACAUUCCCAUAGACUCCUUGGCCGCAACGGGUGCAAGGUUCCAGAGGCAGAUGCGGACCGAGCGCGUGCGUCAACAAGGUGGUCGGGCCCGCGCUUCAACGGCUGGCAGCGCCACUGGCCCGGUACGAGGCCACUCCAAGUCGUUGUCGACAUCCAGCAUUGCCAGCGUCGGCUCCAUUGGAUCUGCCUUCGGACCCCGCGACGAUAUUCGACGACGCCCUCCCCCUCUGGUCAUGGCCGACCCCCGGUCGCGCUUGUCGCUUGAGUCCUACCGCAGCGCCGCCGCAGAUGGAUCAUACGGCUACCGCCCUGUCUCGCCGACGGACUACAGCACACCCACGUCGGCGACGUUUUCGACUGGUCAGAGCAGCCCGCGAUGGGGCUCGGCCAUCGCCUCUCCGGCCACUUCACACUCUCGGUCCCACAGCAUGUACUCGUCUGGCUCGAGGACGCCGGGGAGACGGCUCAGCGUGCCCUCGGGCGUCAACCCUUUCCAGUCGCCGCAUGGUGCGCCAGUCAAUAGGAUCAUUUACGGUGCCGCCCCUGUCAACUCGUCCAACCUGGGUGCAUUUUCACCCGCGCCUAGCAGUCAUCUGGCAUCGCCCACUACCCCGACAUCUGGAUGGUCUGGCAGGCGGGAUUCCGCGGCAUCCGCCGCCGACGAGGCAUGGCGCCGACGGACUUGGCAUCCCGACUCGAGAACCUUCAAAACCAACACCAGCCAUCUCAGCAAUGUCCUCACGCCGGGCCAGAUCCAGCCGAACCCGGCGCCCCCUAUGGUCAGCGCCCCGAACCCGCCCCAGACCCUUCGGCUGCCGGGGAUCGAAUCGUUUGACCCCUUGCCAUCUAGGCAUGUGUCUCCCCCGAGGAGGAUUCCAUCGCCGAUGAUGGUUGAUUCCGAAGCCGCCCGCCCCAGGGCGCUUCUCCCUGGCACCGACGUCGUCACCGACGACCGGCGCAAUGUGUCCCAGUGGGACAUGGGAUUGCACCGCGGGCUGACGAGGCUGGACAUCACAUCCAACACGACGCCGCCCCGCGACAGCGCCGGUGCCUGGGCGAACGAGGUGAACCAGGCCGUACAGGCGCAGGCGGAGCAAGUCCGGCUCAACCCGCCGACGGUCAGGUUUGAUGUUGAUCCGCCGUCCUAUUCCAACAAGUCGGGUGCGUUUGCUCGCAACCAUCAGCACACAAUGUCGGCACCCUCGUUUGCGUCGAGGGAGAACAAGCGGCAUGGGUGGUACCACGGGCCUGUCGGCAGCAACGUCCACGGACCUCGGCCAGAGGCGCCCAACAACGACGCUCGUGGGCCGCAUGUUAACCGGAUGGUUCACCCAAACAUAACUGCCUUCUCUGGGUUCCCCGGCAGACAACCCGAGCCGCAACAACCCCAGCAGCAGCAGCAGCAUCACCAUCAUCAUCAUCAUCAGCAGCAGCAGCAUCAGCAGCAGCAACAGCAGCAGCCGGGGAACCCAGACCCUCUCAGACGACUUGAGGCGCUGGUGGCCGUCGCCACGAGCGAAGGAACCACGGCGACUGCCUAUUGA